ACAAGAUUUAUUCUUCUAUACCUUCAACUUUCAAAUAGAAGGACUCAAGCUUCGAGAAAUUUAAUCGUUGAAAGUUUGCGUAUUAUUUGAUGUACCUGUUAAAGAAGGAUUUAUGAUUCAAAAUUACCGAAAAUGGGAUGCUCUGAAUGAGCUCCAUAUAGCAAUUAGGGCAAAUAAGCCUAGAUUGGUCCUGUACACAUUGCAGCGUCAUCAAAGUUUGAAUAUCAAUUCAAAUUUGAUGCGCACUUCUGCCCUUUCGCUAGCCGUCCUAAAUCAAAGCGAGCCGAUUGUUCGGAUAUUGUUAGACUAUAACUGUGAACUAAACAAACUCUCAUCUGAUGAGAGCGGUCGACUUGAAACACCUCUUUACACAGCUGUUCGACUUCAUAAUUACGCCAUCACUGAGCUACUCCUGAUGUAUGGAGCAGACCCUAAUGUGACAGUAUCAGAUAAUCGUACACCAUUAUAUAUUGCGACAAAAGAACGGUGUUUUAACAUUUGCAACCUGCUCAUUGCUUUUGGAGCUAAUUUGGAUAUUCCUGAUUGUAGCGGACAAACUCCUUUGCACUUCGCAUGCAGGAAUAUUACUGGUCGUGAACAGAUUGCUAUGCUACUUAUUGCUCAUGGCGCUAAUGUGCAUGCUUCUGAUUUUAAACGUCGCCUCCCGUUAGAUUUUGCUGAGAGCAGUGCUUCUAUACCAACCAUUGAGCGACUGAUCGAAGAGGGAUCACCGAUCAGUAAACACAUGAAAGAACGAAUUCGAAAUGUGUUGCAAGAUAAAUCAGAUCAACGAGGAAGGAUGGAUAAAAUUGGUGGCCAGAAUUGUGCUUUAGCGGCUGUUAUCAAUAAGACCCAUUCAGUGGUACCUACUUUACUAAUAUUAUCGAAAACUCGAAUUCGAAAUCUUAUGCGACAACAAGCAAAGCGUGUGCAAAAUGUAUGCAGUAUAUGGCCACUUAUUGAUUCCUUGUCAGUGUUAUCAAACUCUCUCAGGGAUUCAUUGAAAUUACUCGAUUCUCAUUCUCUUUGA